CUCAUAAAAGAUGCACUCCUCUCGUUUCUCGCCGCGAUGGCCAACCUAGCGGCCCAGCUCGCUGCCGUGCUCCAGGCCUGCAUCAAGCGUAGCGGUGGCCGCAAGCCCAGCCGCUCAAACGCCAAGGCCGCGCACGCGCGCGUCCUCGCCGCCGGCCUCGCCGCAGAUACCUUCCUCCUCAACCGCCUCGUCGAGCUCUACUCCCUCUCGGGCCUGCCAUGCCACGCGCUCCGCGCCUUCCGCGCGCUGCCCCACCCCAACGUCUACUCCUACAACGCCGCCAUCUCAGCUGCCUGCCGCGCGGGGGACCUCGCCGCCGCCCGGGACCUGCUCGGCCGAAUGCCCGACCGGAACGCCGUCUCCUGGAAUACCGUCAUCGCCGCCGUCGCGCGGUCGGGCUCCCCGGGGGAGGCGCUAGAGAUGUACCAGGGGAUGCUGCAGGAGGGCCUCGCGCCGACGAACUUCACGCUGGCCAGCGUGCUCAGCGCGUGCGGCGCCGUGGCCGCGCUCGACGACGGGAGGCGCUGCCAUGGGCUCGCCGUCAAGGUCGGGCUCGACGGGCACCAGUUCGUCGAGAACGGGCUCCUCGGCAUGUACACAAAGUGCGGGAGCGUCGCCGACGCGGUCAGGCUGUUCGACGGGAUGCCUAGCCCGAACGAGGUGUCGUUCACGGCGAUGAUGGGCGGGUUGGCGCAGGGCGGGGCCGUCGACGAUGCCCUCAGGUUGUUCGCGCGGAUGAGCAGGACCGGGAUUCGUGUUGAUCCGGUAGCGGUCUCCAGUGUUCUCGGCGCCUGCGCGCAGGCCUGCGCUGGUGACUACAAUGUCGCUCGUGCAAUCCAGCUCGCACAGUCCAUCCAUGCAUUGGUUGUCAGAAAAGGUUUUGGAUCGGACCAACACGUGGGUAACUCGUUGGUUGAUCUGUACGCGAAGGGCAUGAAGAUGGAUGAGGCCAUCAAAGUCUUUGAGUCGUUGUCCAGUGUUAGUAUUGUUUCUUGGAACAUUCUUAUAACUGGGUAUGGUCAGCUGGGAUGCUAUGAGAGGGCCAUGGAAGUUCUUGAGUUUAUGCAAGAGUCAGGCUUUGAGCCCAAUGAGGUAACCUACAGUAACAUGCUUGCUUCUUGUAUUAAGGCAAGGGAUGUUCCGUCUGCUCGUGCAAUGUUUGACAAGAUACCAAAGCCAAGUGUGACUACAUGGAACACCCUAUUAUCUGGCUACGGCCAGGAGGAACUGCAUCAAGAAACAAUCGACUUGUUUAGGAGAAUGCAACAUCAAAAUGUGCAGCCUGACCGGACAACUUUAGCUGUGAUACUCAGUUCAUGUUCUAGAUUAGGAAAUUUCGAACUGGGCAAGCAAGUGCAUUCUGCUUCAGUAAGACUACUGCUUCAUAAUGACAUGUUUGUUGCGAGUGGUCUGAUAGAUAUAUAUUCAAAGUGUGGUCAGGUUGGCAUCGCACUGAUCAUUUUCAACAUGAUGACCGAGAGAGAUGUGGUAUGCUGGAAUUCCAUGAUCUCAGGUUUGGCUAUCCAUUCUUUGAGUGAAGAGGCCUUCGAUUUCUUGAAGCAGAUGAGGGAAAAUGGGAUGUUCCCCACAGAAUCCUCUUAUGCUAGUAUGAUCAAUUUGUGUGCUAGAUUGUCAUCCAUACCUCAAGGUAGGCAGAUGCAUGCACAGGUUCUGAAGGAUGGUUAUGAUCAGAAUGUAUACGUUGGCUGUUCCCUGAUCGACAUGUAUGCUAAAUCUGGCAACAUGGAUGAUGCACGCCUUUUCUUUAACUGCAUGAUUGUGAAGAACUUAGUGGCAUGGAAUGAGAUGAUCCAUGGAUAUGCCCAGAAUGGUUUUGGAGAGAAAGCUGUGGAAUUGUUUGAGUACAUGCUAACCACAAAACAGAAGCCUGACAGUGUGACUUUCAUUGCUGUACUGACAGGAUGCAGUCACUCUGGGCUCGUUGAUGAAGCAGUUACAUUCUUUAAUUCCAUGGAGAGCAAUUAUGGGAUUACACCAUUAGUUGAGCAUUACACUUGCCUGAUAGAUGCACUGGCGCGGGCUGCUCGUUUUGCUGAAGUUGAGGCAGUGAUAGGUAAAAUGCCAUACAAGGAUGAUCCUAUACUGUGGGAAGUUCUACUAGCUGCAUGUGUUGUACAUCACAAUGCUGAGUUGGGGGAAUUUUCUGCCAAGCAUCUAUUCCGCCUUGAUCCAAAAAAUCCAUCACCUUAUGUGCUUCUAUCAAACAUAUAUGCUACUUUGGGUAGACAUGGUGAUGCCUCAGCUGUUAGGGCGCUGAUGAGUAGUCGCGGUGUUGUGAAAGGCCGCGGAUACAGCUGGGUGAAUCACAAGGAUGGUUCUCGUGCCUUUAUGGUAGCUGAUGAUCUUGGAACGGAUGUUGGAGAACGCACAAUGUUCAGUGAUAAUGGGGACACUUCUGGGAUGACAGAAGUGCACAUAGAUGAAACCUGUGCUGGAUGAUUUGAAAUCUGGUGCUGCUGCUAGCCUGCUACCAUCUUCACUGAAACCUUAAACCAAUAUUAGUUGAAUCCAGCAGGCUCAAUCUGGUGUUGGGAGCCUCAGGUUUCACUGUUGUUUUAGCUUCAAGCGUUACUGCAAAUUAGGCAUGGUCUGAACGUUUGGGAGGAAAGUGUGAACUGAAGGAAAUGUACAUUGCAGAUUGGUGCAAAGACAACUUCAAGCUGGAUUGAUUAGUUUAUUUCAUCAUAUUCUGCAAAAGGUGUGUUGAGCCAUGACAUGUGGAAGCUCAUACCAAUUCCUAGCUUCAUGCACCAUGAUGAGUGUAAAUUUCUUCCCAGAUGAGUCAAGGAUAAAAUUGCAAUUGUUUUUUGAAGUGUAUAAUGGGAGAAAAAGAGCUGGUGACUGGUGAGUUUAACAAGAAGGAGCGGUAACUUGGGUAAUUGGAAUCUAAUUGUGCUUCCCAUUCUGUCCAAGAUCCAUCAUAAUUUAGGCAGUCAUGCCAGAUCCGCAAGUGACAUCAAUGGGUUUGUCUAGGGAAAUUCCUGAAGAAACACCAAACACACCAUAUUGUUAUUGCUUGGCAAACUUUUCAGAAUUUAUGUACAUGUAUAAUAUAUCUGUGAGAAAUACUCAAUUUCUCAAAGAUCUGAAAUGUUAAAUUAUCAGUAUUCUUCUUCUUC